AUGGCUUUCAUCACUUUGACCGGCUUCGUGUGCUCCCGCUCGGACACCUCGUUGUUCGUCCUCCGGUGUGCGGAAGGCACGGCUUUCCUCCUCCUAUAUGUGGACGAUAUCGUCCUCACCGCCUCAUCGACCGGCUUGCUCGACAAGAUCAUGGCCUCUCUCCGCGCCGAGUUCGCCAUGACGGACAUGGGCAGCCUCCACUACUUCCUCGGCAUCACGGUCACCUGCGACUCCUCCGGCAUGCAUCUUUCGCAAGCCAAGUACGCCGCGGAGAUCCUGGACAGGGCCGGCAUGACUGCUUGCAAGUCGGCCACGACGCCCGUCGACACAUCUCCGAAGCUUGCUGCCACUGCCGGUCCCUCAGUGGCCGAUCCCACGGAGUACCGGAGUCUUGCCGGAGCUCUCCAGUACCUCACCUUUACGCGCCCAGACAUCGCGUAUGCCGUUCAGCAGGUUUGUCUUCAUAUGCACGACCCGCAUGAGCAGCACCUCGCGGCCAUCAAGCGCAUCUUGCGCUACGUCAAGGGCACGCUUUCUCAUGGCCUUCAACUCUACUCGACUUCGUCGGACUCCAUGAUCGCCUACACUGACGCCGACUAG